CGCGCUCGCGGAAACUGGCUUUAAAUAAGUGCUGGGAGUGAGAAGUUUUACAGUUUCAUUUGGAUUCUACUCAGGAACUACUGACGGUAGUAACGGCGUAAACUACCACGAACCGGCCAUCGCCUUGAACAGUAUCCAUUUGGACAAGACAAUCAGAACCAUGUGUGGGAUCUUUGCUUACCUGAAUUACUGUGUGCCUCGCACCAGAAAGGAGAUAUUUGAGACGCUGGUGAAGGGACUGCGAAGGCUGGAGUACAGAGGCUAUGAUUCAGCAGGCAUCGCUGUGGACGGUGACAAGAAGACAACGACAGAAGACAACAGCAAAAUUGUUCUCAUCAAGAAGAAAGGCAAAGUGAAGGCCCUGGAUGAAGAGCUCUACAAGAAAGACUGCAUGGAUCUGGAGGUGGAGUUGGACACACACUUUGGCAUUGCUCACACACGCUGGGCCACACACGGUGAACCCAGUGCCCUCAACAGCCAUCCCCAGCGCUCCGACAAGAACAACGCGUUUGUUGUCAUCCACAAUGGCAUCAUCACCAACUACAAAGAGUUAAAGAAGUACCUGAACUCCAAGGGCUACGAGUUUGAGUCCGAGACGGACACAGAGGUCAUCCCUAAACUGAUAAAAUAUGUUUACGACAACCGUGAGAAAGACGACUUGUCCUUCUCUACGCUGGUGGAGAGGGUCAUUCAACAGCUGGAGGGGGCCUUCGCCCUGGUGUUCAAAAGCCAUUAUUUCCCCGGAGAGGCUGUAGCCACCAGGAGAGGAAGUCCUCUUCUCAUUGGUGUGCGGAGCAAGUAUGAGCUUUCCGCAGAGCACAUCCCGAUCCAGUACAACAGUGCACCAUACUACUCUGUCCUGAGGGACUGUGCAGUCACCCCAGUGUCUUCAGAGCGACAGGGGGCUGCUGAGCCCAUAGGUCUGUUCAAGGAGGGGGUCCAGGAUAAGAACAGCCACAACCGGCCAGACAAGCCAGACAACUCCACUGCUGUGAAUUCAGCUGGAGACGGCAAGGCUGUAGAGUACUACUUUGCCUCCGACGCCAGUGCCAUCAUAGAGCACACCAACAAGGUGAUCUACCUGGAGGAUGAUGACAUUGCAGCAGUGGUCGGGGGCAAGUUGUCCCUCCAUAGGCUGAACAGCCUGGCAGGGGAGAAUCCAGUCCGGGCAAUCCAGACCCUCCAGAUGGAACUACAGGAGAUUAUGAAAGGUAACUUUGAGGCAUUUAUGCAAAAGGAGAUCUUUGAGCAGCCAGAGUCUGUCUUCAACACCAUGAGGGGACGGAUCUGUUUUCACACCAACAAAGUGAUCCUGGGAGGGCUGAAGGACCACCUGAAGGAGAUCAAACGCUGCAGACGCCUCAUCGUGAUUGGCUGUGGAACCAGCUUCCACGCUGCCGUGGCUACCAGACAGAUUCUGGAGGAGCUGACAGAGCUUCCUGUCAUGGUGGAACUGGCUAGUGACUUCCUGGACCGCAACACACCCGUCUUCAGAGAUGACGUCUGCUUCUACAUCAGCCAAUCAGGUGAGACAGCAGACACUCUGAUGGCUCUGAGGUACUGUAAGGAUAGAGGAGCUCUGACCGUGGGGGUCACCAACACAGUGGGCUCCUCCAUCUCCAGAGACACAGACUGUGGGGUGCACAUCAACGCUGGUCCAGAGAUCGGUGUGGCCAGCACCAAGGCCUACACCAGCCAGUUUGUGGCUCUCAUCAUGUUUGGUCUGAUGAUGAGCGAGGACAGGAUCUCCCUGCAGCCGAGGAGGCUGGAGAUCAUCAAUGGACUUAGGAUUCUCCCAGACAUGAUCAAGAAGGUUCUGACUCUGGAUAAUAAGAUCAAGUCCAUAGCAGAUGAGCUGUAUCAGCAGAAGUCUCUGCUGGUCAUGGGACGAGGCUUCAACUACGCCACCUGUCUGGAGGGGGCACUGAAAAUCAAGGAAAUCACGUACAUGCAUUCAGAGGGCAUCCUGGCUGGGGAGCUGAAGCACGGCCCUCUGGCUCUGAUUGACAAGCACAUGCCCGUCAUCAUGAUCAUCAUGAAAGACGCCUGCUACACCAAGUGUCAGAACGCACUGCAGCAGGUCACAGCCAGAUCGGGGCGGCCAAUUAUCCUGUGCUGCCAGGACGACCAGGAGAUGUCUAAAAAUGCGUAUAAGACCAUUGAGCUGCCUCACACAGUGGACUGUCUCCAGGGCAUCCUCAGUGUCAUCCCUCUGCAGCUCCUGUCCUUCCACCUGGCCGUGCUACGGGGAUACGACGUGGACUGUCCCAGGAACCUGGCCAAGUCUGUCACUGUGGAGUAACAGCAGACAGACAGACAGGAGGCAGACAGGACAGGAGGCAGUAGAGACCUUAACACUCUGCUCAAGAGAGACACUGAGUGGAGGCUUACACAUAAAAGUGCAAUUGUGUGUGUGUGUGUGUGUAUGUGUGUGUGUGUGUGUGUGUGUGUGUGUGUGUGUGUGUGUGUGUGUGUGUGUGUGUGUGUGUGUGUGUGUGUGUGUGUGUGUGUGUGUGUGUGUGUGUGUGUGUGUGUGUGUGUGUGUGUGUGUGUGUGUGUGUAAAUCUCACGACUGUUUGACCAUCUGUCCAAUCAGCAGCAUUAUCACCAAUAAUGUUUCCAAAGCAAGAGACUAUACACUACUGUGCCUUGUACCCAAUUGGUGCCUUGUCCACAAACAGUUGAGCCAAAAACACCAAAUGUAGGAAUAAUGCAUUGACUUGGUAGAUUGAAGUGCUUAUAACUCUGCAAUAUGUGAAAAAGUACAUUGUGAAUGUUUAUGAUAAUAUUCUCUUCAUGUUAUUGGGCUCUCUGUCCUGUGGCAGUCUAUCAUCUUCACUUUGUAUCUUGGGAAGUGUAGUCUAUUCCAUAGCAUUCCUUUAUACAGAAUAGCCUAUAGAGCCCCACAGUGGAAGUGUCAUAAUAUCCAUAAAACCUAGCGGUCAAACAGGGAAAUGGUUCCAAUCGUUUUUCCACCAUUCAUUUUUCUCAUAGGGGAUUUUAGAAACACUUAAAAUAAGGUCUGUGUUUCGUGUAGGCUUACCCUGGUGUGAUGUUUUGAUAACCAUGUAAAUCUCUCUCGGACAAGGUGACUUUUAUCAAUAUAUUCAGCUCUAUUUACUCUCAGAUUCGAAAAUGCUAAUUAGCAAUAAAGUAUACUACAAAUCCCUGCAAGCUCCUGCAUGUCAUCUCAACUAACAGGUAUUAUAUCAAGAAAAAAAUGUAUUGCACAAGACAGUUCACAGAAUUGUCGUUUUAAAGAAAUGUUGCCAAUUUAUUCAUGACUAAAUUUAGCUAAUUUUAGAGAGUUAAUCCAGAGAUUCUUACCUUUGCUUCGAUUCGGCAGUCUCGUCCAGAUCAUCAUGGUAUUUGUAGUUUUUUUUUAAUAGCCACAUUAGCAGCUAUGUCCUUUUUAAUCCUUCUGAGUGAAACAUUUACUCAUGAGGGGAUUACUGUUAAUCUACACUCCAAUCUGUUGAAAAGGGCUGGAUGAUACUGCUACAGUUUAGUCUCUCAAGACACCAUAAUAAUUCUACUUAAUUUAAUUCACUACCCUUUCAUGAAUCCUUAUUCUGUGUUGAGUCGUUGUGUGGUGGUCAUCAUCAUCAUCAUCAUCACAAUCUUAUUCUAUUUUCUGUCAUGCAGCAUUGUGGGGGACAUCUGUCACAUUCUCUAAAGAUUUGUCUGCGCUUCAUUGUCUUAUUUAUCCCAUGUAUGAUGCCCACUUUCUUUUAUAUUGUAUUUCAUCUCCCAUAAUGCCAGUGUUGACCUAACUAUUGUUUUCAUGAGGCACUACCCUGACAUCUCAUAGGAAGAGUGAUAUGCAGAAGAAAAGGAGCAUGAUGUAAUAUGAAUUGUAGUUUUGGCAGUUUCACUACGUGUACUGUGUAGGGUAAAACAUGUUAGAUGUACUGUGUAGGGUAAAACAUGUUAGAUGUACUGUGUAGGGUAAAACAUGUUAGAUGUACUGUAUAGGGUAAAACAUGUUGUACUGCAGUUGGUGUAUUUAUCAGGUUAUUUUAUGACGAUUAAAAAAAGUGAUGCUGAUUUAUCGCUUUAACUAUGAUUGUAUUUUAUACCGUAGGUUUUAUAGCAACCAGAUAUUCUAUGAAUGAAUGAAUGAAUAAAGGAAACUUUAAAAACGGAAA